UCUUCUUCAUCAGCUUUGACUUUGACAUUCUCAAAACAAUUCAUAUUUUGAUUUCCCAAGGAUGAAAUACACGUAGAAAAUUAUCAGUGUGCAUAUUGUAACUAUUAGUUUCAGGGAAAAAUAAAGUCAAAAUACUCGCCAAAAUGAGGUCCCUCGGAAUUUCUCUUUUGAGCUUGACGCUGACUGUGAUUGUUAUCGCAAAUGCAUAUUAUCAGAAGAAACAAUUCUAUCCCUCUGUUGUGUAUAUAACUAAGUCCAAUCCUAGUAUGGCAGUAAUUUAUAUUCAAGCUUUCAUCUGUGUACUUAUUGCUGGAAAGAUAAUAAGAAGAAUAUUUUUCGGACAGUUACGAACAGCUGAAUUUGAGCAUUUGAUGGAACGUUCUUGGUAUGCAAUUACAGAGACCUGCCUUGCUUUUACAGUCUUCAGGGACGAUUUUAAUCCCAAAUUCGUAGCUCUUUUCACUUUGUUAUUAUUUCUGAAAAGUUUUCACUGGCUUGCAGAGGACAGAGUAGAUUAUAUGGAGAGGAGUCCAGUUAUAAGCUGGUUGUUCCACAUAAGGGUUCUUUCUUUGUUACUUUUGUUAGGAUCUUUAGAUCUCCACUUCAUUCGUCAUGCAUACUUAUCUACUGUUUCAAAAGGAGCAUCUGUGCAGUUAGUAUUUGGCUUUGAGUAUGCAAUUCUUCUUACUAUAGUCUUCAACAUAGCCAUAAAGUAUGCUCUUCAUUCAGUAGAUUUGAAUAGUGAAGCCCCAUGGGAUAAUAAGGCUGUAUUUUUAUUAUAUACAGAGUUGGUUAUGGGUUUCAUCAAAGUGCUUUUAUACGUUGCCUUUGUUACAAUUAUGGUUAGGAUUUAUACCCUUCCGUUAUUUGCAUUCAGACCAAUGUAUUACACUCUGAGAAAUUUCAAGAAGGCACUAAGUGAUGUUAUCCUUUCACGCCGUGCUAUCCACAAUAUGAACACACUAUACCCAGAUGCAACCCCAGAAGAACUAGCUGCUGCAGACAAUGUUUGUAUUAUUUGUAGGGAAGAAAUGACGACAGCAUCGAAAAAACUUCCUUGCAAUCAUAUUUUCCAUACUUCUUGCCUCAGAUCUUGGUUUCAAAGGCAACAAACCUGUCCUACUUGUCGUUUGAACAUCCUACGAAGCCCAAACAAUGACAGACCGGAACCAAGACCACGCCCUAUGCCUGCAAACCAACCUAAUCAAUUUUUCAACGCUUUCGCUGGACCAAACCCCUUUCAAAUAUUCAAUCAGAAUCAAAAUGCCGGUCCGAACCCAUUUCAAAUGUUCAAUCAGAACCAAAAUGUCCAGAACGGAGCUCCCACCCCAGUGCCCCCAGCACAGAACGGAGCCCCUCCGAACGCUCCGCCCCCAAUAAAUAUUCCGUCAUUUCCGUUGCCGCCCUUCCCCCUCUUUCCAUUCAUGGCCCCGCCCCCUAUGCCUCCUCAGAACCUUCAACAUUUGAGCGAGGAAGAACUCCAGCAGAUGGAAGGAAACGAAAGGGCUAAUGUUGAGGCCAGAAUUCAGUGCCUGAGGAACAUUCAGGUGAUGUUGGAUGCAGCAGUGGUGAUGAUGCAACAAUAUACAGCUGCUGCAACACUUUCAGGGGUUUUCCCUCAACCGGGCAGGCCUGCUGCAACAGUUAAUCCUGCAGCAUCCAAUUCAGCGACAUCUGUUCCAACAGAAAAUAUUCCGACUAACAGUUCACCGAAACCAUCCACAAGUAAAGAAAACCCUUCUGUAAUCAAUCCCAAGACUGAAACCCUUUCAACAUCUUACGAUGCACAGGGGGAGGGAUUGGAAGUAACAUCUAAUUUAACUGUUAAAACUAAUUUAGGAACAAAUUUAGAAACUUCUUCUGUAACAGACGAUGCAACCACUGUGCUAUCUCCAGAAGAUGAAAUAAGACAAAGAAGACUGAAAAAGUUUCAACAAACUUCGAGUCAGCAGGAUUAGUAUAUUUCAUUUUGCAUUUUUAAUGUAUUCUUAUGGCGACUUGGGGUCUCGGAAACGGAAAGCAAAAACUAUUUUUGUUCACAAUCAUACAUCAUUUCUCCUCUAAAGAAAAACCUCAAUAGAUUUAUUCAUUCCUAUGUUUCUGUUUCCUGUUUUUAAUUGAAUAGUUUCUCAGAUGAUAAUUACCUUCUGGACAUUUGAAAAACAACAUUUAUCAAAAUCAUAUAAUCCAGUUGAAGUGUAAGAGUACGCUAGAAAUGUUUCUGAAACCAAUCAAAGCUAAGUUCAGAAUGAUUCUUUCUAGUGUAUUGUGGAGAACUUCAAAAGACGAGUUUUUUGCAGUAUUACAUUCUAUGACGGCUUUCCAUUCAUUCACAUUAAAAUAAUUUGGGACAACUUCUAGACCAUUGCAAUUUUAUUGGUAAUAAAUUUAGAAGAAAGCUGAGUACAAUUGAAAUUUUCUUCAUCUCAUUUUGAACCAAGUAAGUACUUCAUCUUUCUAGAUAUAAAAUAAAUUUCUUCUAUCGGAAUUCUGAGAAAUUCUUAUAGAAUGUCAUUCAUUCCUUAUUUGCAAUUUUAAAUAUUCCUUAAGAGUUUUUGUCCCCUGCCAAAUAGCAGAUGGACUUUUGUGGAAAUUUGAACUAAUUUUAUAUGAUACAAUCAAUUACUUUCAUCGCAAUUAUUGUAGAUUGAUGUUUUGUACUGCAUAUUAUUUAUUGUUGCUACUUAUGGUGUGUUAUGGACGUCCAUAUUGUUUCUUCAUUUUGAAAAUGUACAUUUCUCAACUUACGACUUGUAAAUAUAAAGAAAUUUAUUAA